AUGGGGGUCUCCGGCAGCGCCCCGGCCACCCCCGCCGCGCCCCGCAACAAGCACCUGGCGCACGUCAGCGACCCCCGCUCCCCCAGCGCCGGCAUCCCGCGCACCCCCAUCGAGGUGGUGAGCUCCCCGGCGGGCAGCCCUCAGCCCGGCCCCGCCGAGCCGGCGGCGGGCACCAGCCAGGACCGGGACCCGCGCUCGCCCACGCCCGGCAUCUCCCGCACGCCCAUGAGAGCCGCGUCGAGUGACGGCGCGGACCGCCUGAUGAAGCAGCUCAGCGAGGCCUUCGGGGCGGAGGCCGCGGCCCCGGCGCCGCCGGGAGCGGCCUGCCCCGCCGAGGAGCCGGCGGCCGAGGAGGGGCCGGCCCGGCGGAGCUCCCCGCCCGCCGGCGGCCCGGAGGCGGCCGCCCCCUCGGGGGACGGGGCGGAGAGGCCGCCCUCCCCCGGCGCGGCCCCGGCCCGGCCCGCCCGCCUGGCCGGGCCCGGCUUCCCCGGGAGCAAGCCCGUAAGACGCAAGACCAACAACAAAAUCAUGGCAACACCUGGUGGAACUGGCCGCUCGCCCCUCAGCAUCCUGCAAGAUGAUAAUUCCCCCAGUGCUCCUGCCCCUCGCCAGGGUAAGAGGCACGUGUUGGGAGAGAACCUUGGGGAGAAGAAGGAAGUAACAGUGGAUCUGAGCAGGAGCCUCAAAUCUGGGAACUGUGCUUGGAGGGACUUGAACAAGGAGAACCAACAGUGUCAUUUUGUGGAGAACUAGAUUUCCCUUUCCAGGAUCUCGGUGUAACUUGCUUCUAUGUUUUGAGAGUCGUCUUGGGGUGAGAAAUCCUGCAAUAGACUGAAACUUCAGACUUGUGGUCACUCUUCUCACCUAUCCUUGUUGGGGAAAGGUGAAAGAGCCCACUCUCUCCUAGACUUUGGCUCUUCCAUUGUAUAUCAGCUGUAUCGACUUACUGUAGAGUUCUUAUCUGUAGCAAAUAAAUUUGCAUUA